AUGUGCAUUCAUGUAUGUAAAUUAGGUUGCGAGAAGCCGUUGAAAACAUUCCAGGGCCAUACAAAUGAAGUGAAUGCUGUGAAGUACGAUGUAUAUUCACGACUUUUGGCUUCAUGCUCCGACGACAUGACAUUGAAAGUAUGGUCAAUGAAUUACGAAAAUGUGGUACACAAUUUAAAAGCACAUGAUAAGGAGAUUUAUACAAUACGUUGGUCGCCAGUUGGUUAUACUCUUGCAAGUGCAUCUUUCGAUCAUACGGUUCGGUUAUGGGAUAUUGAACGAGGAAUGUGCGUUCGAACGCUGACAAAACACACGGAACCAGUCUAUUCUGUUGGUUUUUCACCAGAUGGAAAGUAUAUCGCAUCCGGUUCAUUCGAUCGUUCUGUCUACAUAUGGGAUGUACAGUCGGGAAAGUUAAUUCAAAGCCAUACGGGAAGUCUAAGUGAUGGUGGAAUUUUCGAAGUUGGAUGGAAUUUUCGGGGCGACAAAGUUGGUGCAUCAGCGAGCGAUGGAACGGUAAUCAUACUGGAUGUACGACACAUCAAGAAUCGAUUGUUGUGA